CGCGCACUGACGCAGGCUGACGCUGGGCAAGGACACAAGGAGAGUGACAUUUGUAUAACGUUAACAAGAAACUCACAUUCUUUCCUAAAUCCCACAUAAAUUUGCGUCAGCCACAUUUGGAUACUCCCACACAUCUCUGCACAGCGCACUGACGCUCAACAGCAUCUCGUAUGAUUCACUGAGAACAGGUUCUGAAGGACUGAAUUUCAGCUGUGAAUGAACGAGUAACCAGAAGCAGCGGUGGAUGGGAGAGCGCACCUUUCCUGCUGUUUGAGUGGCUGGAUGAUGUCAUCUUUCUGAGACUCAUCGAGGUGUCCUCAGCACCCUGACUUGAAUGGCUGUGUGCAGAGGGGGCGUCUCUCUUUGGGUGGGGUGUGUCAGGAACCAUGGCGGCAGGCAACCAAUGGCAAAACAGUGCUGGAAUUUAUGUCAGACAACCGAGUUUCACUUAAAUGACAACUGUAGGACCCUGAGCAGUGCAUCAUGGGCUUUGGCUCCUCCAAAUAGUCUACGUUACCUGUCCAUUAAACAGCCAGCCCUGUCCCAUCCCUUCCACCAUGCAUGUCAGCCCAACCAAUCAGCCAACCUUGAAGAAGAGGAAUGGGAAGAGACCGUCAGCUUGCAUGUCCUGUUCAAACCUGGAAGAAGCCAUGUGGAGCACAUGGUGGUGGAAGUGCCCUUUAUUGGGCCCACCAAACUAAGCGAGCUCCUUGCUCUGGGGCCCAACAGACCUUUUGACUUGCUUUUUCCUUUAACCACUGUUGAUGGAAGCAGGGAGGAUGAUAUUAGCAUUAUUGGAAAUGUAGGGACUAAGAAAAAGGAGCUGAUGGAGUCUCCUUCUAGCUCCUUCAGGAGUCUCUUUGAGACUGAGGGCUGUCCUGCGCCAUUUAUGCUGGGAUCUCGCUUCUUUUGCUUUCACUCCUCUGUUUCGGAGAUCGGAAACACACCAGGAAAGGGACGGGAUGAGUGGAGCUUCUAUCCAGCCCUUCAUGUCACACAUUGCAGCCAUGAUGAGACUGGGAGAGUGGACAAGAGCUCCAGCCAGAGAGACAUGGAGAAUGAGGAGAAACUGGCCCUGAUGCAUGAGAAGCUGAGGGUGGAGCUGCCCAGAUUCUUUAGGAAAAAUCAUGACUACAGCAUAUACUCUGAAGAUGUUGAGUUCAUCAAUGGUCUUCUGAACACCAAGACAAGGGGUCGUGUGGUGUACCAGCUGACUCUGACUCUUUGGAGAUUGAUGUGUCUCUUCUACUAUGCGGAGGCUCAGCUGGAAGUGUUGAAGCUGACCAAGCAUCCAGAAGACUGCUCCAUCAAAGCUCGCUGGAGAGUCAAAGGCCUGCCCUUCCACUCCAUUCUGGUGUUUUUCUAUAAGAAAGACAAGAAUCACCUCUACAGAACAUAUGAUGCAUUCUCCACCUUCUACAUUGGAGCUGAUGGACGAAUACAUUGCCAUAAAGUUGAAAAGGUAAUGGAGGCUCGUCCACCUCUGCUGCCCAAAGUGGCUUCAAUGCUUGGCGGGGCUCUGGUGGCCCUGGGCAUUCAGGAACACCGUCCCGCUCUCAACCUGCUCCCACUCCUGCUGUCCUCCCUCCGACAGGCCCGGGCCUGAGCCGAGAACCUGCGCUGAUUGGUCACACCAUUAAAAAGACUGUAAAAGAUGUGGCGCUCUGUUAUGUGGGUUGAGUAAAUAAGAUGUUGGUAACCAAUUCUUGGUGGAAAAAAAACAAGACGGAACGUGCUUAAACUGAUCUCACUUGAAAACAAUCUUCUAAUUUCCAUUAUAUGAAUAUCACCAACCUGAUAUCAUAUUUGGUUUGGAUUGUGAUAGGAUUCAGAGCCUAUAGUUAAGAAUAAACCCCACUAUUAGCCCAUUGUCUGAGCCAUUGUUAGCUAAGAGGUUAACUAGUGCACAACAAAUAGGUUUUGAUGAGCCUGUACAUUAACGUACAGCUGGAUUCAGAGCUGUCUGUAAAUAUAUUCAGGCUUCAGGAAAGGUUUGAAGUUUGUAAGAAGUCAAGUGGUGAUCUAAUAGGAAUUGGUCAUGGGAUGAUAUUUAAAGAGAUAGCGCAGCCAAAAAUGAAGAUUUACUGUUCGUUUACCCUAAGGAAAUCCAAAAGACUUGAACUUUUGAAGUGAUAUCUUAUGAAGUGAUUCUGAAGUGACAUUAUUACUUUAUAUAGGCCUGUAUAUGUCCUAUUGACUCUCAAAACUGCUAGGAACAAUUGAUUUCGGCUGGAAACUUUAAAGGAACACUCUUCUUUUUGGAAAUAGGUUCAUUUUACAUCUCCCGUAGAGUUAAACAUUCGAGUUUUGCCCAUUCAGCUGAUCUCCAUGUCUGGCGGGAGCACUUUUAGCUUAGCUUAGCAUAAAUCAUUGAUUCGGAUUGGACCGUUAGCAUAUGUCUGAAAAUAUGUUUUUAUAAUGUUCAUAUUUAAAGUUUGACCCUUCUGUAGUUACAUUGUGUACUAAGACUAACAGCAAAGUUGCUAUUUUCUAGGCCGUUAUGGCUUGGAACUAUACUUGCAAUGCUGUUAUUUAGCUGGGGACUGUUUUUUUUUUUUUUUGCCUGCUCCAGCAGUGGUACAGCAGCAAAGUUCCUUACAAUAUUAGAAUGAGAGUAUAGUUCCUAUCCAUAUAAGCCUAGAAAAAAAACAACCUUUCAUUUUCCAAUGGUCAUACAAUAUGGCUACAGAAAGUCAAGCUUUAAAUAGGAACAUUAUUCAAACUCUUUAGUCUAAUGCUAAUGGUCUAAUCUGAAUUAAUGAUCUAUGCUAAGCUAAGCUAAAAGUGCUCCUGCCAGACCUGGAGAAUGACUGAAUGGAAUCAAAAAUGAUAAAACAACUGUUUAACUCUAGGAGGGUCAUAAAAUGAGCCUAUUUAAAAAAAACAAAACAAAACGUAGAGUGUUAGUUAAAUGUUCUACAGAAAAGUUGGAUCGUCUUAGGAUAAGCAAAUUUUCAUUGAUGUUUGCGCUAUCACUUUAAGAGCUCAUCAGCUUACAUUGUAAUAAUUAUAUUUUUGUAUUUAUACAUUCAGCUUUCAUCAGUUAAUUUAAAAGUCAAAAAGACGUUUUGUUUAGUAGCAGAAGUCAACGGAAGUCUGAAAGUUUGCUGCCUUUUUCAUGACCUUUAAGGGAAAGUGAUGCCAGGGACUGCCUUUGAGAGUUUAGUUUUAUGUCUGCAGACUUGUUCAUGCUUAUUUGUAUUGUUUUCAGUGUGUAACAAGGGUAAUGGAAUAAGUUAUUAACCAGUUUAUCUCCCCGCAUCUUCUGCAUUGCCAAAUCUAUAUUGGUUUUAGAUAAAACGCCAUGCCGUCCAUCAGUUAAAGCACUCUCAAAGGGAUACUUCACCACGAAAUGAUUAUUCUGUCAUUGUUUACUUGCCAACAACCUGACGUGAUAAAAUACAGUAUUUUAAAGAAUGUUGGAAACUAAAUCAUCGACACUAACCUUCAUCAUCCUCAAUCGCUACCGUCAGCGUUGGAUAACAACAUUAAACAUUCGUGGAAUCGAGGUGGAGUAUAUUGGUGACGUUCAUUUUGGGUGAAAUAAAUCCACGUUUAUUUUUUCAAAGGUAAAAUUCUUUCAAAUAUGUUCAAGGUUGCGUUUGCGGACUCUGGGUUGUUUUUCUCCACGUUGAUCAUUUGCUCAAUAUUUGAUUGUCGGAUCAUAACGCACCACAAUCUGUUUCAACAAGUAUCGUCAAUUGCUUUAGGUUCCUGUAAUAAAAGUCAUAGAGCAGUUUAAUGGACUUCCUGUGUCACAAAGUAGUCAGAACUCAUCUCUGUCUCCAGUGCUUGUGCUUUUAGAUCAACCAAGCAUGAAACGUUGUCACUCUGCAAAGAGUCUGAAUCUGUUGAGGGUUUCAUGUCAAACAAACAUGGCUGUGGGUUCGUUGUUCUGGUGUGAUCAUUUCUGAGCUAUUACCACCCCAAAAUACUGUGUGAAUAUGUGGCAAAUAAACGCAUACUGACAUCGAUA